GCGCGGCGCGGCAUUACGUCGACCUGCUCCGCCCAUUGGCCGGUCUGCAGACUUCCCACAGACAGUUGUGUGUUUCAUAAAGAUGCACUCUGAUGCUGCCAAUUUUCAUCUGAAUUCUCACUUGACUACACUGGCCAGCAUCCAUAAGAUCCACCACACAUUGCACAGGCUGAACCUCACGGAAGACGCUGAGCAAGCGAGCCACACGUCAGCUUGUUGCUCCAGAGCCAUGCCCCCGAGGAAAAAGAGGAGACCCACUGCCGGAGAUGACAUGUCAGCGAAGAAGAGUCGCCAGGACAGAAAAAUUGACUCUCCACUCAUUCGUGAGGAGGAAACCUUUUCCAACAAGAGAUGCUUGGAGUGGUUCUAUGAAUAUGCGGGCUGCGACGACGUGGUGGGACCAGAGGGCAUGGAGAAGUUCUGCGAGGACAUUGGAGUGGAACCCGAGAAUGUGGUGAUGCUUGUGCUGGCGUGGAAGCUGGACGCUCAGAGCAUGGGCUACUUCACGCUGCAGGAGUGGCUGAGGGGCAUGGGCUCCCUGCAGUGCGACUCUACCGAGCGGCUGAGGAACUCACUGGACUUUCUGAGGUCCGUCCUCAAUGACAGCACCAGCUUUAAACUCAUUUACCGAUACGCCUUUGACUUUGCCAGGGAGAAGGAUCAGAGGAGUUUGGACUUGAACACGGCUAAGUGCAUGCUGGGGCUUCUGUUAGGAAAGACGUGGCCCCUUUUUCCCGUCUUCAAUCAAUUUCUAGAGCAAUCCAAGUACAAAGUAGUCAACAAAGACCAGUGGUGCAACGUGUUGGAGUUCAGCCGGACAAUCAACUUGGACCUCAGCAACUACGACGAGGACGGAGCCUGGCCUGUCUUGUUGGACGAGUUUGUGGAAUGGUACAAGGAAAGACAGAUGUCCUAGCAACAACCGCAAAGAAAUAUAAUAAUAAUAAUAAUAAGCGAACAUCAGAAAUACUGUGACGACCGCAACAAUGAGAAUCAACGUGAAAACAAAUAAAAACAAACAGCCACGGGUGAGGGUGGGUAGCUGGUGGGUGCACGUUUCCAGAUUUGGUCAAGUUGGCUUAGCCCAAACCCUCCUUUACCAUAUUCCACCAGGAAGUGUGGGAGAAGUCAAAGGAGAGUCUUAAAAGGUGAGCACAUUUAGGAAAAGAAAAAAAAAAGUCACAUGGUGGGUUCCCAUGGCGCAGGUUUCUGCUGCCUGUGGUGUUUACUUGAUUAGUGCCAGUCAUUUUUUUGUUGUUUUUUUUUUUUUUAGCACCAAAAACCACAUUGCUGCUAAUUCCAUUUGGGUGGGCCAGAGAGGCCUCCCCUCCGGCCCCCUCCUCAGCAUUUAUUGGUCCCCACACCGGACCAAUGGAUGCAUUAACUUAGCUGUGCCUCAAACUUUACCACACACGUAGAUAACAGAUGUAUAUAUGUGUAAAGAUUGGGAGCCUGUUUGACGUCAAACUCGCUGCCAGUUUCCUACCCCACGUGUGGUUCAGUCUUCCCUUUUAGUCCGAUAGUUUCAGGUAGCAUAUCCCUCACUUCCCCACGCAGAGUGUUGGAACGAGCAUUUCUAGCAUCACUUAUGGGAACGUGCGAUAGGUCGGAACUGUAUAAUAGCACUCUGCUGGGGUUUCUUUUUUUGUACACAUUUCUGUCUUUGGCUGUGCUGUGAUGCUGACUCGUCCAAAUUAUUUUAAUAUUUGCAUGCAGAUCCUGUCAGAGCCAUUUUUCCGUUUGGUUGUUUUUUUCUGUACAGAAAUUUGUGCAAAUGUUUUGUACUUAGAUUUUUUUUUGGGGGGCGAUAUUCACCAUCAUGUUUAUUGUUUGGUUUCCCGACGGGAACUCAUGAUUGUGUUUACCGUUGUUGAUGUUCAGACCUGGGGAAAAAAAAUAGGUGUGACCUCAUGGUGGAACAAACGUUCACUCUGUUGACGCCACGCGAAAAAGCUUGCGUGGUGUACAAGUUCGUUUUUGGGGGGUUUUUUUUGGACAGUGCAUCCGUUGACUUGGCGUGCACACGCAAAUGACACCACCACUGCUUUCACUGUAUGUGAAAUCGACACCAAGCGGUUGUGUAUAGAUGUAAUUCAUGUUCUCAGAUGAUCUUGUGACAACGCAGGAAGGUGAACGUGCUUGUCCCAACUGUAUAUAUGUACGUAAAACUAUGUGUCUAUAUGUCGGUUUUCACUAUAACCAAUGUCUAUAUACUUAAAUAAAAAGGGUUUAUUAACUUAACUCCA